UUUGACGAUACCCCAUGUGUUUGUAUCAUACGUUUGAGAAGAGAAGUUAAGUAGUGGUGUGUCUUCGUGUUUAGUGGGUUCCUAAAAUAAUAACUACACUUGAGGUUAAGCAUACAUAGACGUAACUUAGUGGAAACCUUUAAUUUUGUUUGAUAAGUGUAACUACUGACCAUGUGAGUGUAUAUAUAAGAUAUGGCUCCCCACGUAUUACAACCAUGUCCUGUUGUAUGACUAGCUAGCCCAUGUGUGUUAAAGAUACCCUCUCGCUAAUGUUAUUCCCGAAUAAAGUGAAAAGUUAGUGUGAUCAACCCCAGCAUAAUAUGGCAUCCCCGAUGGUGGUCCCGGUUGUGGAUGUACAAAGCAAUAAUUUCAAAGAGAUGUGGCCAGCAAUGUUGUUGGCCAUUAAAUCAUCAUCUUUCAUAUCUUUGGACACGGAGCUGAGCGGUUUGGGAAACAGAAAGAGUCUUCUUGCGGAGUCCAUUGAAGACCGUUAUAAGGCCAUUUGCCAUGCAGCUCGUACACGCUCCAUUCUGUCCCUUGGUUUGGCGUGUUUCAAGAAACUUGAGGACAAAGCCGACCAUACUUACUUCGUGCAAGUGUACAACUUGACUUUACUCUGCUCAGAGGAGUAUGUUAUUGAACCCCAGUCAGUCCAGUUCCUUGUGCAACAUGGUUUUGAUUUCAACAAACAGUAUGCUCAGGGGGUCCCAUACAAUAAGGGCAACGAUAAGGGUGGCGAUGUCCAUCUGAUGAAUGUUCGUAAUCUUUUCGUGGAGAUCCUCAGAGCUCACAAGCCUCUGGUUGUUCAUAAUGGAUUGGUUGACAUGGUUUUCCUGUACCAGAGUUUCUAUGCCCAUUUGCCCGAGAAGCUGGGUACGUUUACUGCGGACCUCUCGGAGAUGUUCCCAGCAGGGAUCUAUGACACCAAAUACACCACGGAGUAUGAGCUGCGGCUCACGGCCUCAUAUCUGGAGUACGCCUUUAAGAAGUGCAAGCUGGAUAAUGGCAGAUCCAUUCAGGCAGGUGGCCAGGGGUCUCAUGUGUUCCUGGAGUUCUGUAACUACACUGGGAACAUGCAGAGCUAUGUGGACUACAGGCCGUGUGCUGAUGGUCACGUGGGUGCUGCAACAGAUGUCUGCAUACAGUUCUCUGCUUUCGGGUGGUGUCCCAAUGGGUCUCAGUGCCCCAUGUCUCACGACACAGACCUGAUCAUCCAGCAGGACGAGCAGACCAAGGAGACCAAGCGUCAGAAGAGGAAGCGCAAGAAGAAGCAGAAGGGCCCACAGGAGGGUCUGGACAGCCCCCCGGCCAAGCAGGCUCACCUCGAGGGCAGCAACGUCGCGGAGGAGGAAGGUCCGAACAACGGAGCGGAGAAGAACUGCACCAGCGCUGCCACGGAGAUGACCGUCGACCUUCCGGAAGAUGGCCGCUCAGAUGACGGCGGCAGCGUAACGCGCGAGACUUUGGGUGCGUCCACAGAGGAGGGCGGAGCUGUUCCAUCCGAGGCUCAGGCCGGGGACCCCUCGGCGCUGGCGGUCAAGGCGAGGGAAGCGGACGCCGCGGCGAAGAGGGCGGAGGCGGGGACCCACAGAGCUGGCUUCGAUGCCUUCAUGACCGGAUACAUCUUCUCCUACGCCAGCUCUCUGGCAGCGAAGAGCGAGGAGUCCAGCCCAGGAAAAUGGCUGCCUGGCUGCUUCAACAAGAUCUAUCUGAGUGGUAAAUCUGUGCCCUUGCACAUCGUGAAGAGCACAUUUUCCAAGUCGUCAAAGGCACACAUCAAUAAAAUGGACAUUGUCUGGGGGAAGCGCCUUAGUAACAAUGCAACUCCAAAGGUGGAAACAAUGGCAUGAUGAAUGUGGAUGUCCCACUACAGUCAUGUUUGAAAUGGAUUGUCGUUAACAAUGACUUUAGAGUCUGGGGGCGCACAGGCAAUGAAGAUGUAUCCUGGUCCUUAAAAAAUGUACAUGGUGUUAUUUACUUUAGAUCA